UACAGUAGUGGCUGGAGGCUGAUCAAGGCAGGACGUAUCUUGCUUCUCUCGCCCUGCUCACCGUGACCUACCUGAUUGACGGAGCACUAGUAAAGGCAAGAGACAACAACAACAACAACAACAACAACAACAACAACAACAACAACAGUAAUAAUAACAAAAACAAUAACAAGAACAAAAAAAGAUCAAAAACAAUUACAAAAGUGUGAACAGAAAAAAAAAAUAGAUUUGUAAAUAUUCUGCGAAGUUAAGAAUUAAAGAAAAAAAAAAACAGUAUUGCAUGAAAAAAGAACAUGUGGAAAAGAUAUUAAAGAAAGUGAAAAGUAAUGAGAAAAUAAAGAGAAGGAAAGAAAGAAAAGAGAAUUAAUAGACAGAGAUAAGUAAAGAAAAAAAGACAAAUAAAGGAGGGAAAAGAAAGGAAAAGAAAGAAGUAGAGGAGGAAGAAGCUCAAGACGAAGAAAGAAAAUAAUGUAAGGAAGUGAAAGAUAAUGAAAGAGAUAGAAAAAGAAGGAAAAGAGAACUGAGAGACGGAGAUAAACAAAAAAAAAUAGGAGAAGAAUAGAAGAAGAGAAGGAAAAAUAGGGAAGUGAAGGAAGUAGAAGUUGAAGAGAAAGAAGAUAAAAAGAAGACCAAAAGAAAAGAAGAGAAAGAAGAUAAAAACGAAAAGAAAGGAGGAGAAAGAUUAAAAAAAGAAAACGAAAAGAAAGGAAGAGAAAGAAGAUAAAAAAGAAGACGAAAAGAAGAGAAAUGAGAUAAAAACGAAAAGAAAGGAGGAGAAAGAUUAAAAAAAGAAAACGAAAAGAAAGGAAGAGAAAGAAGAUAAAAAAAGAGAGGAAGAGAGAGAAGAUAAAAAAGAAAGGAAGAGAAAGAAGGCAAAAAGAAGACGAACUGAAAGAAGGAGAAGACGAAGAAGUGAAAAUAGAAGAGAAAAAAACUUUAAAUAAACUCAAAGAAAGAACAAAAGUAAGAAGAAGAGGAAGAAGGAAAAGUAAAAAAGAAGGAAAAAGCUAAAAAUAAACAAAAACAAACAAAAAAAGGAAGGAAAAGACAGAGGUAAAAAUAGAAACAGAAAAAAAACAAAAAAAAUAACCUAAAAAAGAACAAAAGGAAGGAAAAAAGGAAGAAGUAAAAGUAGAAAAGAAGGAAAAAAACAAAAAAAAGAACAGGAGGAAGAAAAACAGGAAAAUACAAUAAAAUCAGAAGAGAAAAAAAAGACCAAAAAAAGAAGAAAAAAAUAGAGGAAAAGAAAAAGAACAAUUAAAUAAAGACAGAAUCGUACAGUGACCGCCACCACCACCACCACCACGCCCUCGUCCUCCUCCCCCUCCACCUCCUCCUCCUCCACCUCCUCCUCCUGAAUGCCGUAAUGUAAGGAGGGAGGCGGACAAGGAGGCCAAGGGAGGAUGGGUUGCAAAGGAUCAAAGUCCAAGAAGAACGCUUAUGCAAGGGUCGCCCAGUACCAGAAAGAAUCGUGGGCGGCGGAGCGCGCGGUGCGGCGGCCGCCGGAGCCCCUGGACUGGGGCCUGGCGCCGCAGGGAUGUAUCACGCCCGCGGCGCUCCACAACAUGCUGACGGAUGGCUUCUACGCGCCAUACGCCGCCAACCCGCACUACCUGCUGUUGGUGGACUGCCGCCCCGACGAGGCCUUCGCCAAGCGGCGGCUGUCCUCGGCGCGGUGGCACGGCGCCCUGCACGACGCGCCCGACCCGCGCCUCGUCAACACCAUCGUUCUGUACGACGACCGGCCGCGCACCGCCACGCCGCCCGCCAUGGACGUCGACCCGCUGGCCCGCCUGUACCAUGAGCUGCGGCGGCAGAAGCUGGACCCGCUGGUGCUGGUGGGCGGGUGGGCGAUGCUGGAUGCCACGUGCCCGCACCUGCUGGAGGGCGGGGAGGGGCCGCCCAGUGAGCCCACGCCCUGGUACCCCGCCCAGGUGGUGCCGCGCCAGCUGUACCUGGGCCACGCCGAGAUGGCGGCGCACCCGCGCGUGCUGGCGGCGCUGCGCAUCACGCACAUCGUGGACGUAACGGAGCGGCUGCCGCCUCGCGUGCUGCCCGCAAUGAACUACCUGCUGGUGCCCGUGCCCGAGGACCCCGCCGCCGAGGGGGACGAGGGCGGCGCCGACCUGCUGGCCUCGCUGCCCACCAUCAUGGCCUUCGUGGGCGAGGCGCGCUCCCUCGGCGGCUGCGUGCUGGUGCACUGCGACCAGGGCCUGACGCGCGCCGCCGCGGUGGUCAUGGGCAUCCUGAUGGCGGAGCGGCGCUGCACACUGGAGGACGCCUUCUACUACGUGAAGGGCGCGCGCUCCGCCGUGCACCCGAGCCACAGCCUGCUGCAGCAGCUGGCGCGCUACGAGACGGAGCUGUUCGGGGUCUCGCUCACCCAAGCCGAGGACCUCUUCUGACCCCCCCGCGGCGGGUCCGCCGGCACAUAUCGGCAGUGCGUUGCAGCCUUCGAGUCCCCGCGGGGACCGCCAGCCUUCAGGUCUCUAGGAUGAGUGUAGCGGCGUCGCGUCCAAGCCGGUGCUCACGUGCCGGCGGUGUUUGUCUUUCAUACUCGUAAAUAAUCUUAAGUCUCAACACUGAUCGCCUCGAUUUACAAUGUCAACUCCCCUGGGCAGCAGUGACCCACUCGCCCCCUUCACCGCCAGGCUGCAGAAGUACCCUGGUCCAGCGUGACGGGCCUCGCCGCUCACCACCAGCCUCGGCGCGUCGCUGCUCGGACCGCCCACCGACACACACACCCAUAGCCCCUCCGGCGGGCGGCGCGGUGCUGAUCAUGGCCGCCCCGACCCUCCUCAGCCGACCACUCCCGAACGAACACGGACCUCCAGCCGAACACACGAUCAAGCGAGCCUCAGGGCGGGGCGUGAAGGGCCUGGCCGAGCUCCGCCACGAGACCUGCGUCAGGGCCACUCAGCCGCCCCCAGUGACGGAGCCCUGCCCAGCACCCUGAGCUCCAGCCCCUCUCCUGCACCUUCCUCCCAUCUGCACAGAGGGACACGAAGGAAAUCGACAAAGGAGGAAAAACAAGAAGGCUCCACUUGUCCUGGCCGAGCGAUGAAGUGUGCGACGCCGUAACCCUGCGCCUCCCCGCCCCACGCGUGCCCUGGUCCUCCCCUUCGAGACAGUGCCUUCAGAGAGGAGCAUUAGGACACCUUCACGCCGCCUAACACACACACACACACACACACACACACACACACACACACACACUACGGGGCUCUUCACCACAUUUCACUUACUCUUAACACCACACCCAACGCCUCUCUUUCCGUCAACAACCUUCCCGUCGACAGAGGAACAUAAACUCGGGGUGUUGCUGUUGGUGGUGGUUCGACGCUCUCCACAGGCCAGUCUUCAGAGCGGGACUGUUCUUAGCUAGUCAUACGCUUAGUAGGUCUAACUAUACAUGCAAAAACUAUAUACAUGAAAAAAAAAGGAUUAUCAACAGCCGGUGCAGAAAAUGUUUGAUAUCCAAUCUGUUUGUGUUCGUUUCCCCGUCUGUCUGUCUGUUUGUCUGUGGUGUUUCUCUCUACCGUGUUUGUUUGCGACGACCGGCCGGUGCUGUCCGCUCACCUCCUGAGACCUGUGUGUGUGUGUGUGUGUGUGUGUGUGUGUGUCUUGUUGUUGUUACUGAGCUUGUCUCAUUUCCUUUAUUUCCUACCUCACUCCAUCCCUUUGUGUGUAUGCGAGAGAGAGAGAGAGAGAGAGAGAGAGAGAGAGAGAGAGAGAGAGAGAGAGAGAGAGAGAGAGAGAGAGAGAGAGAGAGAGAGAGAGAGAAUAUAAACUGAAUGUAUCAAUGACAAAUGCAAAAAAAAAAUGUAUGUAUGAAUGACAAAAUAAAUAUAAAAAAGAGCCAGCAAACAAACAAAACGACAAAAAAAAUACUAUAUGGCCACGACUCAGGUUUUAUCCCUUUGACCUUUGACCUCUCCUGAAAACAUGACUUUACUGCUAGUCUGCACAUUGUCGAGCUUGGUAUCCGUGUAUACUAAAGUCCGUUCGCACUAACUUGGCGAAGAAGCUCCUCCCCCUUCCCUCCCUCCCGAUGCAAAUGAUUAGCCGACAACAGAUAGCUCCACCCACUUCCGCUCCUUUCUCACGUGAUUGGUUGACUGGGUAGAGUAGCUCCUCCCCCUUCCCUCCCUUCCGAUGCAAAUGAUUGGCUGAGAACAGAUAGCUCCACCUACUUUUCAUUCUCUCUUACGUGAUUGGGUGGCUGGAUAGAAUUGCUCCGCCCACUUUCCUACCUUCUCGGCAUGUGACUGGCUGAUUUGAUAGAUUAGCUCCACCCCUUUCCCUCCUUUCGGACGUAUGAUUACAUAGCCUUAGGUAGAGAGGAGGUGUGACUUUCGCAAACUAGCCAAUGUUAGUAAGAUUCAACCUUUCUCAGCAUCCACCAAUCACAUUCAGCUUGAGGUGGAAAGGGGGCGUGGCUUGCUUGUGUACUGGCCAAUGGUAUACACUCACUGGGGAAGGGGGAGGAGCUUACAUGCCAAGCAAACGUGAAUGGAGUAUAGUAGUUUUAAGACUGUACGAUACGAGUGUGAUAAUGAGUGUGUCUUUACGAUAAGGCUGUACAGACGUAGCUCAGAUAAGUUAACCAAAAGGAGCUUGCAUAAGGAGUGACCAAGGAAGAUGUGGCCUACGCUAGGAUAUGGGCAUUAAGGCUGACCGGGAUGUGGCUCAAAGUCAAAAAAAUAAAUAUAUAGUUUAGUCUACCCCGCGCAGUGGUGGCGGGAGGAGUUCUGUACCAGGGUGUGCUCGCCAAUUUGUACGCGCUGUUCCAAUCUGUACUGCCAAUAUGAAAAAUUAAACUGUCUGGAGAACUGAGCAGAAGCCAUGAAUUUAGAAUGUCAAAAUAAAGUUACUUGCCAGACUUUAUUUACUAUUUAAUGGUUCUGCUCAAUUUCCCGUAUUCUCAGUCAAUCAAGCCUCUCACUACGUACGACAAUUUUUCAAGACCAUAGAUACGCCUAUAAUCGGUUCCACUAGAGCUGGCGUGCCUAAUCCUUCAGGGGUGAACUCGCGGACUUGGUAUCAUUGCUUGGGUGACGGUACUGAUUUAAAGAGGUAGCAGAGAGUGAGAGAUAGUAGGCUAUGUCAAACAAUGUACUAUAGUGAAACCAGACUGGCGUAAUCUCAUAUGCUAGCUAUAACUUAUGAGAGGAAGAGAUAGGUGUUCUCAGCUUCGCAUUUUUCCCGAUUUCAGGCUAAAAAGUAUCUCACCCAUAAAACUAACGAUACCUAUUUAUAUGUAUUGCUAAAAGUGUUAAUUAUAGAGGGGUUUCUGCAGUCAUUAUGCGUUAGAAAUGGGAAAAUCUAGUUCGGUGAGUACGAUAUCGUGUCAUCCCUGGUCCUGAUUAAUUUUCAAGCGCGUACUAAGAGGAGGGGUCCGUACGAAUUGGCGAGCAUGCCGUAUAAGGAAUAUAUAAAUAAGUAAAUAGUGACUAAGGAACUUGCGGGAUCUACCUUAUAGGCCCCUUGUACAGUGUAUAUUUUUCCUACCUGCACAUAAUGUCAUCCGCCGCAGCUCCCUGUUGUCCACUCUCUCUCCCUUUAUCGUAGUCGAGUUGGAAUAAUGAUAAAACGGACUUAACUUGCCUAAACCCGCGUCUCGUGACCUUACCGGGACGAGGACUGGCCGAGGUCAACUGAGGUCAUCCCUAAGAGUGACCGCAAAAUGACCACUGCGUUAUUUGAUCACCUCGUUUGUUAUUUAUUCACUUUUACGGUUUGAUCUUGUUAUCCUGUUAUCUCGCCCUUGUCAGCCACUCAAUGCAUAUCAUGUACCUCAGAACAACUACUGUAUGACUUUUUUUUUUUUUUGCUAGAACUUUUUUUUUCAUUUCAUUCGGUAGUAGCCUACUUUUGAAUUUAUAGGUCAUUUCUUUUCCUCACUCCUCCUCUUCCUCCUCUUUUUUCUAACUAUUAACCUCCCUCCAGUAUCACUUAAUGCGGAACUCCACACUUCACAUCACACUUCAAGAGCACUUACUUCUUUUUUGAUGUAUUUUAUUUUUCCUUGAAAGGGUCCCCCCCCAAAUCCCUCUCCUUCCCAGCCUUGCAAUGCAUAUCACUGACCGACAAGUACAGGCUAGUUUGUCAUCUAUUCCCUCCAAGUAUCUACUAUUUCAUCUAUAUCCAUUGUUUUGUCUGUUCACGUUAACGUGGCGAGUAAGCUCCUCCCCCUCCCAUCCCUUCCAGCCUCGCGAUGCAUAUCAUUGGCUGACGUGAUGGAUAAGCCCUGCCCCUUUGCCUUCCUUGCUCUCGCGUGAUUGGCUGUUGUUUUCGCGCGUUUGACUUGACUGGCGCGCGCUGUGAGGACCAAGUGCGAGAAGGAGGCUAUGCAAAAUUAUCUCCACUUUAACUAUUAUUAUUUAUUACUUUGUUCCAGUCAAGUUUCUAGUUACCAUUUUACCAAGAUUUCGAAGUCACUGCUUGUACGAUUCUCAGAUUAUUAAUGUUGUUAUUGUUAUUGUUAUUAUUUAUAUUAUCACUGUUUUUAAUUUAUCGAUUAAUUACUUGUUUGGUAUUACUUUUUCGUCACCACCACGACCUUAGACUGUCUAUCAUAUUCAUUCAUUUUAUAUAUCCACUUACUUUUUUCGUGUUUUCUUAUUCUGUCACCACCAUAUGAGUGAUUUUAUUUAACUCUUUCACACAUAGUUUAGAGGAUAACACAUGAAAGUAUACAUGAACGCGGAUUUCCAUCAUGGUUCUCUUAAUUUCACCAAGACGUAUGGUCAGCAAGUCCUCGUCCCCGGCGGGCACAGGGUCGCCAGCCAGCCUCGCCACGCGGCACCAAGGAGUCUCGGGAAGCUCCUUGCAGUGUAUUGUGGCGGCCCCGAGCAUGGCAGGGCAGGGUCACGUUCUCGCCGCGGCAUAAUACAACCUACAAGCUGCAUUAUCCACUAUUACUGGCGUCUCUUUGAGGUUUACACGAAUAAAUGAUACUAACAACACG